GCGCUGAGGUGCCGCGGGCCGGGCUUCCUGCUGCCUGCACACCUGGGAGCGGGACGUAGGCGGGGGUGGGAGCUCCGGGCACCGCAGCUGGAAAGCAGAGCGGGCCGGGCCGGGGGAGGCAGCGCCGGCAGCCGCGGAAGGAGGCGGCAGAGCGGCGGCGGGAGCAUGGAGCGCUGCUCUCCCCGCGAGCCGGAGCAGGAAGCGGUGGAAGCGUGGCUGGACGAUCACGGCGACUUCACCCGCUCUUACUUUGUUAGAAAAGCUACGAGAGAAAUGGUUAAUGCAUGGUUUGCUGAGAGAGUUCACACCAUCCCAGUCUGCAAGGAGGGAACCAAGUCCCAGAGCGAAGCCUGUGCCUGUCACCAGCCUGCCUGUGCCGAGACCACCAACUCUGGGACACCGGCAAGGAAAAUCUCCGCUUCUGAAUUUGACAGGCCCUUAAGGCCUAUUUUUGUCAAGGACUCGGUAGGAGCAGUGAGCUUCCUCUCUGGCUCUGACAAGAAGGAACAGAUGCCUCUGCAAUCUCCAAGGAUUGAGACCAGUGCAGGGGAUCAGUGCUCGAGACUAUUAGAACUUGUGAAAGAUAUUUCUAGUCACUUGGAUGUCACAGCGCUUUGCCAUAAGAUCUUCCUACACAUCCACGAGCUGAUCGCAGCCGAUCGCUAUUCCCUGUUCCUGGUGUGUGAGGACAGCUCCAACGAGAAGUUUCUCGUGAGCAGGCUGUUUGACGUGGCAGAAGGAUCCACCCUGGAAGAAGCUUCCAACAACUGCAUUCGCCUGGAGUGGAACAAGGGCAUUGUGGGUCACGUGGCAGCCAUAGGGCAGCCUCUCAACAUCAAGAAUGCCUAUGAGGAUCCAAGAUUCAAUGCAGAAGUUGACCAGAUCACAGGGUAUAAGACUCAGAGCAUUCUCUGUAUGCCAAUAAAGAAUCACAGGGAAGAGGUUGUUGGUGUGGCUCAAGCAAUCAACAAGAAAUCCGGAAUUGGCGGCACUUUCACUGAACAAGAUGAAAAGGAUUUUGCAGCAUAUUUGGCCUUUUGUGGGAUUGUUCUUCACAACGCUCAGCUGUACGAGACGUCUCUGCUCGAGAACAGGCGCAAUCAGGUCCUUCUUGACCUUGCCAGCCUGAUUUUUGAAGAGCAGCAGUCUUUGGAAGUGAUCCUGAAGAAGAUAGCAGCCACUAUAAUAUCCUUCAUGCAGGUGCAGAGGUGUACCAUCUUCAUAGUGGAUGAAGACUGUCCUGAUACAUUUUCUAGUGUCUUUCACAUGGAAUCUGAAGAAUUAGAGGAUUCAGCUGAAAAUCUGAAGAGGGACUAUGACACAAACAAAAUCAAUUACAUGUAUGCUCAGUAUGUCAAGAACACGAUGGAGCCACUCAACAUCCCAGAUGUCUGCAAAGACAGAAGAUUUCCGUGGACAAAUGACACUGCAGAAAAUGUAAAUCGGAGCAUAAAGAGUUUGCUGUGUACACCAAUAAAAAAUGGGAAAAAGAAUAAAGUGAUAGGGGUUUGCCAGAUUGUGAAUAAGAUGGAAGAAAACUCAGGAAAAAUCAAGGCUUUCAACAGAAAUGAUGAAGAAUUCCUGGAAGCAUUUGUCAUCUUUUGUGGCCUGGGGAUCCAGAACACACAGAUGUACGAGGCUGUAGAAAGAGCCAUGGCCAAACAGAUGGUGACAUUAGAGGUUCUCUCUUACCACGCUUCUGCUGCUGAGGAGGAAACGAGGGAGCUGCAGGUAACAGUGGCUGCUGUAGUGCCAUCUGCACAAACUCUCAACCUGACUGACUUCUACUUCAGUGACUUUGAGCUGUCAGACUUUGAAACAACGCUGUGCACAAUUCGAAUGUUCACAGACCUCAACCUGGUGCAAAAUUUCCAAAUGAAACACGAGGUUCUCUGCAGAUGGAUUUUAAGUGUGAAGAAAAACUAUCGGAAGAAUGUUGCUUAUCACAAUUGGAGACACGCCUUUAACACAGCACAGUGCAUGUUUGCUGCUCUGAAAUCUGGGAAAAUUCAGAGUAAACUGACUGACUUAGAAACGCUGGCUUUGCUGAUAGCAACUCUGAGCCACGAUCUGGAUCACAGGGGAGUGAACAACUCUUACAUACAAAGAAGUGAACAUCCACUGGCUCAGCUGUAUUGCCACUCAAUCAUGGAGCAUCAUCAUUUUGAUCAAUGCCUUAUGAUCCUGAAUAGUCCAGGAAAUCAGAUUCUCAGCAGCCUUUCCAUUGAAGAAUACAAGGCUACACUGAAAAUGAUAAAACAAGCCAUUCUUGCCACAGACCUGGCACUAUACAUCAAGAGGAGAGGAGAAUUUUUCGAACUUUUAAGGAAGAAGCAGUUUAAUUGGGAAGAUCCCUCACAAAAGGAGCUAUUUUUAGCAAUGCUGAUGACUGCUUGUGACUUAUCAGCCAUAACCAAACCAUGGCCCGUUCAGCAACGGAUUGCUGAGCUUGUGGCUACUGAGUUCUUUGAUCAAGGAGAUAAAGAGCGGAAGGAACUCAACAUAGAACCCACGGAUCUAAUGAACAGAGAGAAGAAAAACAAAAUUCCCAGCAUGCAGGUUGGAUUCAUAGAUGCUGUUUGUUUGCAGCUGUAUGAGGCCCUAACGCACGUCUCAGAGGCCUGCUCCCCUUUGCUGGAUGGCUGCAGAAAAAACAGGCAGAAAUGGCAAGCCUUGGCUGAGCAGCAAGAGAACCUGAUUAAUGGAGAAAGCAACCAAGGCAAACGGAACUGAGAUGCCAAUUUCACCACCACAAGCUCAAGUUCACGUAGGAGACACAGUAAUAGGGGAGUACUACAUUUUGCUAAACACUGUAUGAAUUUGGCUUAUGUUUUGCCACUGCUGUAUUAUUUUUUUCACAUUUCAAGAUAUAGCAUGACUGUGUAGAUGCCAAGAUUAUCUGAAGACAGUAUGUUUCUUUUAUUACAUCUGACUGAGAUAGAAAAAGACCUGCAGGGGUGGUUUUUGCUCCCCCACCCCACAAGAAGGUACUGGUGCAGGCACUGACUGUGCUUGAGAGCCUGUUGCUUUACAGAUGUACAUAGUUGUUUAGUGAUCAUGUUGUGGCCAGUAUCUGAAAGACUACUGCAUUUUGCACCUUUUCUCUCCCUCUUCCCAUCUUGCUGUGUUGUGUUAUAAAAGUGUUGAGCAGUCUUGCCUGUUCUCUUUCCAGAGGUUCAGAGGAAAGACUGGGACUCGCUCUGGGGUGCCUAUUCCAGCAUAAACUUGCUAACCUCUCUCAGAAAGCAGAACUGGGCUUUGAGGUGAAAAGCCCCAAAAUCUGUGCACCCAGUAGGGUUUGAGUUUUUUCCAUAUUAGCUGGAAGUCUUAGAAAUUUAUUCAGCUGGAAUAACACAUUGGCUAAGACCUCUGUGAAUUACUAGGCAAUGAGAAUCUUGGGAGUCUUGUGUCUGAGUUAUCCAAGCCCAAUGGGAACUGCUUGAAGAUGGAUGAGAUGUCCCUGUGUAACCGACAGGCUGCCACGGAAGAAGGGCUCCCACAGAAAGCUGCAAGGAGCACGCAGAGAAACGGACACAAAACAGGAUUGCUUUUGUAUGCUGGUUUUAACUUCAUUUGGAAGUUGAUUUCAACAUCAUCUAACCCAACAGACUGGAUCACAGACAGAAGAGAAUGACUGCAAGAGGUGAAAAGCUGAAUCAGAAUGAUGCAGGAAGGGCACGCUCCUGGUGACCAUCAAUGACUGAUUCUUCAGGCCAGUGUUACCAUGAAAUGGCUUUGACCACUUAGAAGAAAAUUUCAUGUUAACAUCUCUUAAAAAGCAUUUUUAACAAAAUGAUUAAUUAUAGUGUCUGGAAGAAAUAGGAAAAAAAUAAUACCAAAAGCAAAAAUAGCAGAGUGCUACAGGGAUUUGCCAUUUGUAUGUGACGCAUUAAUAUUCUGAAAAGUAAGAAAUCAAUUAACUUGCACUAGUAAAAAAAAAAAUUGGUGUAUUAUUUAAAUGAAGAUGAUUAAUAAAAAUGGUUUUGAAUUGGGACCCAAUAAAAGAAAAUAUACACAUUGGACAAAUCCCAAAAGAGGAAUACAACCCUUCAGAUAGACAGGAUAAGGAGAUGAAAGUCAGCAGCAGUCUAAAAUGCAUUAGAGCACAUGUAACUUUGGCUGCACAGAGACACACAAAAUGUUCCAGUUUUUUAAUCUGUAAUAACUGUUUUUUAGUUAAAAUCAGCAAUUGUAUUUGGCAAAAGUAGCACCUUUGGCAUUGCACUUUGAAGUGUGGGAAUUUAGUUCUAUCACAAUAAACCAGGAAAUUCUACUGGAAACUGCAAUAAAUUCUUCUUCCCAGGAGCUUGCCAACCCAACUCAUAAGAGCUGGUCAGAAAGAUGGGGAAAACUUCCCCCUUUUACCAGUUUCUUCAUUUAGAUAAACGAUGCCAGAAGCUAAGGAAAGAUGAAGCAAAGGUUUCAAAAUGUUAGAUGAUACUGAGUUAUAGAGUUGAUAUUUUUUAAAUGUAGGAUAAGGUAUUCUGAUAUUUAGUCAAUAACCUAAAUUAUUUGUCACUGAGUCAGUCCUAUCUCAUACUUCUCUAGUGAGCACCAAUAAUAAAUUAUUGCAGCUGUGAAUUUGAAAACGUUUUUCUACAGAAGCAUUUCUCCUUAUUCUGCCCCAACAAAUAAAAGAAAAAAAAAAGGAUGGAUUUCAACACUCACUAAAAAUUCCAGGACUCCUGUUGUGCAGUAUUCCUGCCCCCACCCCCCAACACAACCCCCAAAAUAAAGGUUUUAGGUACUUUUUGAUAAACAGAAAACUCUGCUUCAGGAUUUGCAUAGUCCUUGUAUAGUCUUUUCCUUGAGUGCUUGAGAUACUGAAAUAUAAUUAUUAUGCUGAUGAGAUACAUAUUUAAUAUAAAUAGGAAUAAAAUAUAUGUAUAUAAAGGUGUAUUCUUGCUAUUAUGGUUGGGACUAGUAACUCAUGGUGACAACCCAGCAGAUAACUAUGAUGAUAUCCCAGUGCAGUGAUGUAACUUUGACAUUAAUAUUCCAGUAUUUCUUUGCUAUAUUGUGUGUUCAGCAAAGCUUUAUUAUAACUAAAUUUAUAAAUGCUACAAAGGAGUGCUGGAUUCAUACCUUUGACUUGAAAAAAAAGGGCAUGAUGUUACGUUUUUUUAAAGGUUCACUUAAAAUGAACAGUUAUACAAUAUGUGCAUAUAUUUAAUUACAUAUCCAUACACAUUUAUCCCUCAGAAUCCCUUCCACCAUAAAUGUUGGAACAUACAUAUAAAUACAGUCCCUAGCAAAUAAACAUUUAAAUAUCAUAACACUCCUGUAUCUGUAUAUAUUUCUACAAAACCAAAGCCUUUAAACUACUGGUUUAAGAACCUUAAAAGCAUAGAGCGCUGUAUUUCAUGAAAUUCAAAGCCUUUUUUGCAAAGUGUUUUUCUUUGCCUGAAGGCAAAAUCAGAGUGUGCUGGUUCCAUGUCAUGGCUUUGUUUGAAUCCCUUGCAGAAACAGCUCCUUCCUUUCAUAAUUUAGAUAGGGAACAAUAUUGGAAAAAAACCCCAAAACAACCCAACCCAGACUAGGUACAGAUUUGCUGCUUGAAGUUCACUGUCUUCAGAAUUCAACAUUUUCCAAGCCAGCUGGUGGCUUACAGCCACACAGCUGUUAAUUAUUUCAUUGUGAGCUGUGUAUCUCAUUAUUUCAGUCAGCUCUCAAACACAUUCUCCCCAGUUUACAUUGUCUAGUUGUAACAAUCAGUGUGCUUACACAAGAAACCAGCUGAAAUGGAGUUUAUCACUUUGUCAGUUCAGCCUUAAGUCCAUUGAAACCAUUGUCACAUUUGAGAUUUAACUCUCUGCAUACAACAAUUUUUCCUGCUAAUUCUAAAUACUCCUCUCAGUGAAGACAACUGAGUUAGCAUCCUACUUGAUCUCAGAUAUGAACAUGUUUUCUUUCAAACUCACUCCACAGCACAGCUGAAUGCUUAAAGGACACUUUUAUUUCUUGGUUUGUUCUGAAAAAAAUUACUUGUGUUAAUAUACACACAAAUUACUGAUUAACCCUACCUCUUCUAAUUCCAAAUAACAGUGAGACUCUUGAGCUUGUAGGUGCCAUUUCUCUUCCAAGAAAUUAGCCACACAUGCAAUACUACCUGUAGAAGCCCUAGGUUUUCUGUUCUCUCACACAGUUACAGAAAGUGGUGGUGGUGGGGGGAAUAAUGUAAUGCUGAUUUUGGAGAUGGUGUUAAUUUUUAAUUAGAAGCAGCUUAUAGUUAAGAGCAGAUUACUCAUAUCUUCACCGAGCACAUGUACAAGUCAGCUACUGAUAAAAGGAAACAAUUAAUUUCACUGAUGAUAGCUGAUUUCUGAGAGAAAACCAAAGCCUGUUUAUAUGCAUCACCCCCUGACAAUUGCAUGCAUCUUUUCAAUUCCAACCCAAUACAUUUUACCUGGUAGUGGCAUGAACUGACAAAUUCAGGGCACUUAUCUAACUCAUACAUAAGGUUUUUCAAAAUUACCAGGUAAAUUAUUUUCCAACUCAUUAUACAGAAAGAUAAUGAAGAAUCAGAUCUAUGCCCUUAAAAUGAGAGGAGUGAUCCAGCCGCUGUCUCUUCCAGUUAUGCAUAAAAACAUAGCAAAGACUUCUUAUGGAACAAAAAUUGCCUCACUUGUAAUAAAUCCACAUGUUUCUAAAGGUUUUAUAAAGACCUCAUAUUUCAAGCAAACUUAUGUAGGAAGUAUUCAUUCAGAGUUUGUGAUGCUGCAGGUCUUUUCUUCAUGUCAAAUUACAUGCAGUUUACAUUCCACAAGGUUUCAGCUUUAUUUCCCAGUUCCCUGCUGUACAUUUUCAGGGGCUUGCACUAAUUUAAAACAUAAGCUUGAAUAGCAGAAUAAGUUUGGCCAGAGUAUGGUAAAUAGCGAGGGCUGAGUUUUUCGGUAUGGAUUUUUACAGAAAGAAGAAACGUCACAGAAUCUGUCCUGAUAAUUAGUGACACUUGCUAAUUGCAGGACAUUUUAUCUUGGUCAUUGCAAGCUGAAUGGAAAUUGCAUGGGAAAGUUUCUUUUCCACAUAAGGAAGGGUGUUUCCAUAGAGAAACUCAUAUCUGAGUACCCAAUGUUUGUAAAUGUGUAUUUAUGGGACAAUGCUCUGCAAUUGCUGGCUCCCACAAACUCCCACAGCACGAGCUUGGCAAGCCAGGGCCUCACACCUGCUCAGAUGCCCACCUGAAGUCAAUGUUGUGAUUCCCAUUUACCUCAGGGGGAGCUGUAUAGAAAGUGAAAGAAUGGGUUAAAUCCACCUUUAUUUUUUUUACCUGUAAAGAGGGACCAAACCCUUACCCUUGGUGACAGCUGCCUCACCUGCUCUUUGCUGGUUCAGCUAUUCCCACUGAUGCCCAAGGUACCUUACAGAUGUAACUGAAGUUAGAAUUUGAGUCCUCUUUGUAUUCACAUGGCAGACACCUGCAUGUGUCUCUUAAAGAAUGUAGUUUGAAAUGCACUGUAAAUAGUUUUAACAUACAUUCCUACCACAGUUUAAUAAAAUCCUUAAUCACAGUCACUAGUCACUGAGUUUGUCCAUUUGUAUUCUUCUAUCUUUUAAAAAUACCUGAACAAAUAUAUAGUUUCUGGGCACAGUAUUUUUGUACUAGGUUAAGGGGUUUCUCUGUAUAUUAUGUUUUGCCUUUAAGCAGUAUUAAAGUCUUCUGAAUGUUAUGUGUUCUCUCUUGCUUCUGUCCUAUGACUUCUUAGAAUAAAGCUAGUUACAUUACUUAAGAGAAUCAUUAGACCUACUUACUGUACAGCUGCUAGAGAACAUAAGGGUCAGCUUAUUUUCUGUGAUCAGACUGCUGCUUAUUACUUAUUUCCUCAUUCUUCUCUUUGUACUGUUUUCAUGCUUUUUAAAAUAAAAAGGACGAUGUUAAAUUUUA